AUGAUUCGAAAGGAUCUAAAUAGUCCAUCAAUGUAUGAAACAGAUAUUGCUAUGAGUGAUCUUUCAUGUUUUAUAAAUAGUGAUCUUGCACGUGAUUUAACUAAUGAGAUAAUGACGCUUAUGACAUCAACAAAACCAUAUAUUCUUCUUGUUCCAAUUUCAUCGGAUUUACCAAAUCAUAAUGCUUCAACUCAACUAUAUGUACAAAAACUUCGAAUACUUAUCGAAGAUUCAGAUCGAAAUUUAAAAUAUAUUGGUUUACUUGCUAUGUCGACAAUCUUACAUACGCAUCCAAAAAGUAUUCAAUCACAUAGUGAUUUAAUAAUGCGUUGUCUUGAUCUUCUUUCUCGAAUGACAAUUCUUCUCGAAAAUGCUUAUGUUUUUAUUAAUGAUUCAAAUUCUACAACUGUUGCCGAAGUUUUAUAUGCUGCUGCAUGGAUUUGUAGUGGAUUUUGUUCUCAUUAA